UUCCUCGUUUAUAUAACAAACCAAUUCCUGAAAUCGUGUCUACACCCAGAUUGAGGAGGAGAGAGAAGAUGGAUCAAUUGAAAUCAAGAGCUGCAAAUUCAUGCCCUCUCACUCCUAUAGGCUUCUUGAAAAGAUCUGCCACUGUUUAUGGCGAUUGCCCUUCUGUUGUGUACAACGAUAAGACCUAUAAUUGGUCGGAGACCCACCGGAGAUGUGUGCAGGUGGCGUCUUCAAUGGUGUCUCUGGGCAUCAAGAGAGGCCAAGUGGUCACGGUGGUGGCACCCAACAUUCCCGCCAUGUAUGAGCUUCAUUUUGCAGUACCGAUGGCCGGAGCAAUUCUCAAUAACAUCAACCUCCGCCUCGAUGCCCGCACAAUCGCCGUCCUCCUCCACCACAGUGAAUCGAAGCUAGUGUUUGUUGACUACCAAUCAGGCUCUACCAUUCUCGAAGCCCUCUCUCUGUUUCCCCAUAAUUCGCAACGGCCACUUCUUAUUCUCAUCACCGACGAUGAAGCGCCACUGUUCGCUGCCGGUGACUUCCAUUGUACUUAUGAGAGUUUGGUGGAGAAGGGUGAUCCAGGAUUCACGUGGGUCCAGCCGGAGAGUGAAUUAGAACCCAUGACACUGAACUACACCUCCGGCACCACCUCGUCUCCCAAAGGAGUGGUCCAUAGCCACCGAGGUACUUUCAUCAUCGCCAUUGAUUCACUUUUAGACUGGUCGGUACCGAAACAGCCAGUUUACUUAUGGACACUGCCUAUGUUCCACGCCAAUGGGUGGAGCUACACCUGGGGCAUGGCGGCUGUCGGCGGCACCAACAUCUGCCUCCGCAAAUUCGACGCCUCUGUAAUCUACGACGCCAUAAGGAAACACAACGUGACCCAUAUGUGUGGUGCGCCGGUGGUUCUCAACAUGAUAUCAAAUUCCCCAAACAAUAAUCCUCCUCAGAAACCAGUCCACAUCUUAACAGCCGGAGCUCCGCCACCAGCGGCGGUGCUGUUUCAGACCGAGUCUUUGGGUUUUGUCGUGAGUCAUGGAUAUGGGUUGACGGAGACGGGCGGGCUAGUGGUGACCUGCGCUUGGAAGCCGCAGUGGAACCGCUUGCCGGCGACGGAGAGAGCAAGAAUGAAGGCGAGACAAGGAAUUAGGACUCUGGGACUCACAGAGGUCGACGUAGUUGAUCCCGAUUCAGGAGUGAGUGUUAAGAGAAACGGAUUAACCAUGGGUGAAGUAGUAUUGAGAGGAGGGAGUGUCAUGCUGGGUUACCUGAAAGACCCAGAGGGGACCUCAAAAUCGAUCAGAGAGAAUGGGUGGUUCUACACCGGGGACGUCGGAGUGAUGCACCCAGAUGGGUACAUGGAGAUCAAAGACAGAUCAAAGGACGUCAUCAUCUCCGGCGGAGAGAAUUUGAGCAGCGUAGAGGUAGAAUCAGUGCUCUACACUCACCCGGCGGUGAACGAGGCAGCGGUGGUGGCGCGGCCAGAUAAAUUCUGGGGAGAGACGCCGUGUGCUUUUGUGAGUUUGAAGGCUUCGGCUAAGGAGAAGCCGACAGAAAAGGAGAUAAGAGAGUACUGCAGGGCGAAGUUGCCGCGGUUCAUGGUGCCAAGAACGGUGGUGUUCAAGGAGGAGCUACCGAAGACCUCCACCGGAAAAAUUCAGAAGUUUGUGCUGAGAGAGAUGGCCAAGGGUAUAGGGUCAGCAAAGACUAGUCGUAUGUAAAAUCAGUAAUGUUGCUUUUAAUUACUUAGACCAUCUACAGGAGAUCAAAAUUGAAAUGUUAAAUUUAAAUUUUAAAAU